AUGAUGCAAGACCACGGUCCCGAAGUACAAAAGGGGCGGGCAUCGCCUCCACUAGGUCCCUUUGGAUAUUCAUUCCUCGCUCCCAUGGACACUCCCUAUGAACAGGCGCCCGCGCUUCCCCCGGGUCCCUCUCUUCUCGAUGAUAACGAAUCCAACAUGCUCGACAAUUUCUUUACCACAAUGAACGCCAACCAUUUCACCAACGACUUCUGGCUGCGCGGGCAGCAAAACAAAUCCUCCAACUUCGAAUGGUCCGAUGAACUACCACCGACCUUUGAAGGCUCGACGACCUCUCUGUCCCAACCGUCCUUCCAACACGGGAUCGGCAAACCCACGGAUAAUAAUGCACCCGCCGAUAUAUUUGCGGCGGCCUCUAUGCUAUACCAAAGCGGCAUGAACGCUCCUGAACUCGAGUCGGCGUUAGCUGGACAAACAUUUCCGGCACCGCUCCCCAUCAACGGGGCCCAAUUAAGUCCCAAGGAUGGGAGGCGCUUUUCGGCCGACCACUUAGGGCCAUCAGCCAACAUGUCACCGACCCGGGAGCGAGUCCCCGGAGGAUUCCACACCUCACAGAUGCUCUUCGAUGUGCAUAACCCAUUACCCGCCGACCAACAUCCAUCCAAGAAGGCCCGCGCCCUUCGCUGGGGGUCUGAUUCCAAUUUUAUGGAUCAAGGCUACAUAGCCCCACCGGACGUACCCGAUGACGAAGCGCGAACGGAAGAGCUGUUGGAGAAUCUGCAAUGCUUCGAGCCGCAGAGAAGUGCAGACAAUACUCGUCCCCCCAGUCCGGAACGGAUAGCAGGUGCGCGCAUUUCUGCCUUCAAAGGCAACGGGAUGGAAGAUGGUGCACAGCCACGUAAACGGCAGCGCACGCUGGUGAAGGAGGAAGACGAUGCAUUCUCCGACGAGGAUGACCUACGACCUCAGUCCCGCAAGUCCAAACCUCUCAUGGGCAUCAAGGGCCGGCGUACAUCCGCCGAUAUGUCCCGGAGAUCCCGAAUGACACCCGGCUCCAAAGCACCCCGCGAAAAUCUCACAGAGGAGCAAAAGAGAACCAACCACAUCCUGUCCGAGCAGAAACGCCGGAACCUGAUCCGCCAGGGCUUCGAUGAUCUCUGUUCGCUGGUACCCAGUCUCCACGGGGGUGGGUUUAGCAAAAGUGCCAUGCUCACACAGGCGGCGGACUGGCUAGAGGAUGUCCUGCGUGGCAAUGAGAUUCUGCGGGCCCAGUUGGCCGAUCUCAAGGGCAUUAAUGGUUUAGUGAUGCCGCGAUGA